GUCAGAAUGUGAUUAUAGUCAAAUUUACAUCAUUUCAACCUACCGUCCGGUCGGGGUUUGAGUACUCCGUUCUUUAAAAAGAAAUUGAAAUUGAAAUCCGUUCUACUUUUUUUCCACCCUUUUCAACUAGUUAGCUCCGGGUUCAGGAGUGUGCUUUUGAAUCGGGUGUAAGAUGUAUAGGAGUUGGUGUCUGAGUACUGUAAGGUUCAGAGUGGCGUGGCGGAGGAUUGUACGGUUUGCAUCGUUUACUGCACCUGCAGCAUCUAUCUGCGAAAACCCGCCUGCCUCUCUGCUUUUACUUUUUUGUUUUUUUAUCUCUCUGUGUUACUUUUGUAAUUCAGUCCAAUUAACUACACACUGACACACUGCUACUGCAAUUUGACCUUUUCCUGGUUUGUGCUUCGUCAGGUCUCUGUCACUCUCUUCCUUAUGCAAAAUUUCGUGCUUACAUGGACCACACCCAUAUUUAAUUCCACACAUUUCUUUAGCUCACUCAAUUUUAUGGAAUCAAAAUAUAGAAGACCGUUUUGGUGAUUUUGAAUCUUUUCUAUUUGUAAUUGGACCUUUAUCUAUUGGGCCUUAUUUGCUUUAUCUUUACUUAGUAUAUAUAGAAUAGAUUAAUUCUAAAUUAGGUAUGAAAUCUUAUUCUGAUAAUCAAUCUUCCGCACAAGCUCAUUCUGAUAUUCCCAAUUCAUUUUCUUCUUCAUCAAUUCCUUUCAAUUUCUGUGAAUAACUGUUGACAUGGUAUCAGAUUAGGUUACGAUCAUCAUCAUCUUGUCUGAUUUCCUCUUCUCAUUCGAUUUCUAAAAUCGAAUUCUAUUUUGCGAUCUAUUCAAUCGUCCUUUAACCCUAUUCUUCUUUCUUCUCACAAAAUCUUGUUGCGAUGAAUUCAUCUGCUACGCUACCUCUUCAUCCUCUUGAGGAUCCAUCAUCUCCGUAUUAUCUGCAUCCGAGUGAUCAUGCCGGUAUGCGUAUCAUCUCAGAGACUCUCAAUGGAGAUAAUUUCAAUGCCUGGAAGAAAUCAGUGGUGAUGGCCUUUUCUGUGAAGAACAAGAUGGCUUUUCUAGAUGGUUCCAUUGAAAUGCCAAGUCCAGAUGACUCUGCUCCCUACGCUGUUUGGUAUCGUAUUAAUGCUCUCUUACUUUCUUGGCUGAUUUACUCUAUUGCUCCUGAGCUUCGUUCUACUUUCUUAUAUUUCACUGCUGCCAAAGAUCUUUGGGAUGAAAUCAAACUUAGAUACGGCAAAAGUGAUGAUCCUAGGCUUUUUUAUCUUGAAAAAACCCUAGGUAAUAUUUCUCAGGGUACUCAGACUAUUAUUGCUUAUUACAAUUUUUUCAAAGAGCUCUGGGAUGAAUACGUUGAUUUCAAAACCCUUCCUCCUUGUUCUUGUGGUUAUUGUACCUGCAAAAUUCAUGAAAAAUAUCAAGAAUUGCUUCAAAAAGAAUCUGUUCAGAAAUUUCCUGUUGGAUUAAAUGAGUCUUACUCUCAUUUGAGAAGUCAAAUUCUUCUUCAAAAACCUUGUCCUAAUCUUUCUUCAGUGUAUUCUUUCUUUCUUCAAGAAGAAUCUCAAAGAUUACUUCAAUAUCUUACCAAUUCUGUUCCCUUCAUUCCUGAUUCUUCUAAAAACUUUGAUAAUUCUGUCAACGAUUCCACUGCUUUUCUUGCUAAAAACAAUAACUAUAAGAAGAAGUCUUCUGUCACCUGCAACCACUGUGGUUAUCAAGGACACUCUGCUGAAAAAUGUUUUCAAAUUAUUGGAUAUCCACCUAAUUGGAAAGGACCUAAAGGACAAAGAAUUGCUCCUGGAUUUCAACAACAACCAAAUUCCAACAAACACACUCAUGCUCAUCUUGCUAAUACUUCUGUUGACUCUUCUAAUGCCAAGGAAAUUUGUGAUCCUUCUCUUUACAACAAGUUUUUAGAUUUUAUGAAAAGCCAGAAAGACAAAGCUUCUGCUCAUAUUGCUAUGGCUGCACAUGACAAUGAUCAAUCUCUUCCCAGUGAUUCUACCUUCUUAGGAUCAUCUCACCAACACAAUGAUUGGUUAUGCUGAUCUCAAAAAUGGCUUAUAUCUCUACAACUCUACUGAUUCUUAUAUGGAUAAUAAAUCUUCUCUUGUAAAUCAUGCUACUAGUCAAUAUUCAGAUUCUAAAUCUAAUAUUUGGCAUUAUAGAUUAGGUCAUCUUCCUUUUAAUAAACUGAAUUCUGUUGUUGAUUGUACUGUUUCUCAUCAUAUGAAUAAAGAUACUGCUUGUGACAUUUGUCAUUUUGCAAAACAAAA